GUUUUUAUGUAGUGUAUGUUUCUUAUUUCAGCAAAGAAAUAUGAUGCUUUCCUGGCCUCCGACUCCCUGAUCAAGCAGAUCCCUAAGAUCUGCGGCCCCGGAUUCAACAGAGUGGGAAAAUUCCCCACCCAGGUCUCCCACCAGGAGUCACUCGUACAGAAAGUGGAGGACAUCAAGGCCACCAUCAAGUUCCAGCUUAAAAAGGUGUUGUGCUUGGCUACCUGUGUAGGACAUGUCAACAUGCCUAAGGAUGAGCUGUACGCUAACAUCACCCUGGCUAUCAACUUCUUGGUGUCUCUACUGAAGAAGAACUGGCAGAACGUCCGCGCCCUCUACAUCAAGGGGACCAUGACACCAUCACAGAGAAUCUACUAAAUACUGUACUCUCUCAAUAAAGUGGGCUUUCAA